AUCGCUGCUGCCCGCGGCGCGAGACACCACCCCGGUUGCCACAGCAGCGCGCGGGGCGGCGGCGGGAGCCAUGAGCGGGGUGCUGGACGUGCUGUGGGAGGACAGGGAUGUCCGGUUCGACAUCUCCCCGCAACAAAUGAAAAUGAGACCUGGAGAGGUCCUUAUAGACUGCCUAGAGUCUGUCGAAGAUACCAAAGGAAACAAUGGAGACAGAGGUAGACUGCUUGUGACAAAUUUGCGGAUUAUUUGGCGCUCAUUGUCUUUGCCCAGAGUGAAUCUCUCUGUUGGUUACAACUGCAUUAUAAACAUAACUACAAGAACUGCCAACUCAAAAUUACGAGGGCAGACAGAAGCUCUGUAUAUAUUGACUAAAUGUAACAAUACACGAUUUGAAUUCAUAUUUACCAAUGUUGUCCCUGGGAGUCCCAGACUCUUCACUUCAGUUAUUGCUGUACACAGAGCUUAUGAAACUUCUAAAAUGUAUCGUGAUCUGAAGUUGAGAAGUGCUUUGAUUCAAAACAAGCAACUGAGACUAUUGCCACAAGAAAAGAUAUAUAGUAAAAUCAAUGGAAUUUGGAAUUUAUCAAGUGACCAGGGAAAUUUGGGAACAUUUUUUAUUACAAAUGUAAGAAUAGUUUGGUAUGCGAAUAUGAAUGACAGCUUUAAUGUCAGCAUACCGUAUCUACAAAUUCGUUCAAUAAAAAUAAGAGACUCAAAGUUUGGCUUGGCACUUGUGAUAGAGAGUUCUCAACAGAGUGGAGGAUAUGUACUUGGUUUUAAAAUAGAGCCUGUGGAGAAACUACAGGAGGCAGUGAAAGAAAUUAAUUCACUUCACAGAGUUUAUUCAUCUAACCCUAUAUUUGGAGUGGAUUAUGAAAUGGAAGAAAAGCCUCAAGCUCUUGAGGACCUUACAGUGGAGCAGGUUCAAGAUGAUGUGGAAAUAGAAUCUGAACAAACAGAUGCUUUUGUGGCUUACUUUGCUGAUGAAAACAAGCAACAUGAUGGGGAGCCUGUUUUUUCAGAAGAACUGGGACUUGCAAUAGAGAAGCUAAAGGAUGGAUUCACACUCCAGGGACUCUGGGAAGUAGUGGGAGAACAGCCACUGUGGAAUAUUGGCAGCCAUGGGUUCCACACACCUGAGAGGUCCUGCCCUGUCUCUGGUCACAGGGUGUGAGGACCCCAGAAGUCCUUCCCCACUACAUGCAUGUCAGCUGCCAUUUUUUUUCAGCUGCCAUUAUGUAAAAUUUCAACCCCCUGCUUUCAUAGUGGUUGGUGAUUUGCUGAUAGUGGGUUUUGACACACAGACCCCAGGUGUUUUCAAGCAUGCAGUUGGCAGGACCAGCCACCCCAUCCUGCUUCCCCCAGAAGGUUGGCCGAGCAGGAAAAUUCUUUCCCUAACAACACAGAGUCUGCCAUGGUGUUUCAGCCACCAUUUUAUGGCCAGUAGCUACCAUUUUUUUACAACUUCAUGGCUCAUGUGUUUAUAUACUGCCCUGUGAUUGGCUGCCAGGACCAGCCACCCAAUGCCAUUUUACCUGGAAAUAUGUCUGAAAAGGAAGCUUCCUCUUCCUGCCUACAUGGAGGCUGCCAUUUGUGAUAAGGCAGUGUGUGGUCCCUUCCAACCCUACCCAUUCUGUGAUUCUAUUCCUGUAUUUAUACAGGAAUAUAAAUAUAGUUUAUAUUUACUUUCCCAUUAUGAUUAUGUGUAAAGCAAAUUUCUAUAACUUAUUUGGUGCUGUGCAACACAGAAAAACUAACAUAUGCAGAUUAUUUUGCAUCCAGGCAUAUUGGCUGUGUUAAUUCCAGUGAUGUUACUGCUAAUUUUGAUAAAAAGCAUUCCUGUUCCAAAUACUGGUUUUAAUGUCUCAUAAUGUUGUUAAAUGUUCAGCACGUACCAUUCCAGGUUCUUAAUUGUAAUUCAGAUAUCCUCACACAGUUUUUCUUUCUUUUUAAAAUUUUUGUUGGCUAGAGCACUUUUUUAAAGAAAUGUUCUACCAAAAAAUGCCCAUAUAAAUAGCUUCUCUGUCUGAGUCAUGAGACCUUUAUGAUGUUAUGUGUUAGAGAGAAAUGAGUCAUUUGUUCUUUAAAGGAAGAUGCAGCUGUUACGUUUUCUAGUGAGAUAAGACCUCUGUGCUAUUUUCUGUAAGUGGAAAAAGUCAAAUGAGCUCUCCUCUCAGCUGUUGUUUUAGCAGCUGACUGUUGUAGUAAAGUAACUGUAUUAUGAAUUGUGAUGUUUGUAGAAAACCUUUCAAAGUACAUAUUUUAAUGAAAUACUACCUAUAUUUCAAUAAAGUUCAACAAUGUUAUACCUCACUAUAGAUCUGGCAUUCAGACAGCUGUGUUUUGCUUCUGUUUCCUUACAUUCAAAAAACAUUUUACUGUAUGAAUAAAAAGAGUUCCUUAUAUAGGCAAUAUGCAGUUGUUC